GAAUCACAUCCUUAUUCCUCACUAUCACUGUCACCCAACCAACAUACGGCAAUUCAAACACACGUUCUCCGUCGUAUGCUACUGUCUAAGAAAACUCCUUGACCCCGGCGAAUACCUUUUGAAUUAGACGGAGCGAAUGCCGAGAUCACGAGUACGUAGUGAGACCCGUCCCCGAUACUGCCGCAUGGGGGCGCCGUGAAAGAGGAAUGCCAUCUCAUCACCACUACUCAACUUUGGACGAACCACUUAACAGUAACCUCCACACGCUGUCGCCCUCCUCUUCCCCUGGCUAUGACACUCAUAUUUUCCAACCAUUGAAUAUCGAGAAACAGAGUAGUCCUACCGGGACUAGUUUCUCUGAAGAUAUUUCCGAUUCCAUGCGAAACUCGCCACGCAGCGCGGUAGGGCCAACGAAUCCCGAUGCACCCUGGCUAACACUCGCUUCUUCAAGUGUGGACCACAUUAGUUUGCGAGGUAGUAGUCCCGAAUUGGAUGCGGUCGGCAUAGAGAAAUCCCAGUCUGUCGAUGGAGACGUGCAAUUGGAAAAUGAUGAACCACGGCAAGGAACCGCUGGAGUCGAGAUGGGUGCUAGGAGCCAAGAUAGGGAUGCCAGCAAUGCAGAGAAUUCACCCAAAAUCUUCGAGAAUAAACGGUCUAUUAACGAGUACCGGGCGCGGCUAGCGAGGGAGAUGGAACGUCGGGAAUAUGCCAUUCGAGGCUCUCCUUCGCCUUCGAGAACUAUAUCGGAAAAGACACGCAUCUCACCCAUCAAGGAAGAGUCCAGCGCCACACCCUCGCCAACAACCAGUUCUGACCUCCCGACUGCUUCUAGCGAAUCUAACAGGACAGUCCGCGGUGGCAUGACUCCUGGCUUUACCGCUCGGACGCCAUCGUACCCAUUUCCACGUAUGGGUACCCCUAGUUUUACUUCGACUUACCUACAGAAUAUUUUCGGUCACCAGUCUCAAGCUGGCGUCGUGAAUGCGGCUGGCGCGCAGUUCGGUAGUUUUGUACUACAUGAUCAGCUAAGAUCAGACCCCUCAUCCCCGGCAUCUGCUAUGACUUUUUUACCCACCGGAGUUACCACUAAGUCCUCAAAUCUUGACUUCCCCACGCCUAAUCUUUAUGAUUUAACGUUGAUGCUCUCGGCCGAACCUGGCUUGGAGGCUUGGUGGAAUACUGUUGUUCAGAUUAUGACUGGAUUUUAUAAGGCUGAGAGGGUAACGCUCUCCGUCCCAGCUGACCCGACAGACGUUGAGAAUGUACCGUGGGGGCAAAAGGCCAGUUAUAAUGCUUCAGAGGAAGACGACUUGAGCAUGGCAUAUAUUGCGAAGGGUGGAGGCGAUCAGUCUGGACCUGUGCCGAGUAACGAGGCGCCGCCCAAGGAUAAUAAGCCUACACGACCUGUGAUCCAAAACCGGCAUUCUUUUACAGCUUACGAAGAUAAAAGGGACACUGGGGAUGUAGAGAAGGACUACACCUCUGGUUCUGGUUCUCAGCGACCAGGUCAGAUGAGAAGGAGUAAAAGUUAUUAUCCAGGUGUUGACAAGCAAAAUCCGACCUCGCCUCAUCCUACACUGAAUAAACAGGCACUCGAGGAGCAUGAUUCGAUCGAAGAGCAAAUGCCCGUCCCGACAUGGGAAGCGAAGCUAGACUCUAAGCGAGAAGUGAAGGGGCGACUUCUCCCGGUGUUGCAAAGUCUUGAUUUGGAAGCAGAUCCGCUUAUUGAUCAUAACGGUAUAACUCGAGUUGUUGAACGAGGCAAAGUGAUUGCUUUAACUCGCACAUACCCCUAUCUCGAUCCAACUUCCGAAGAGAAGCAACAGGAACCUAAGACCAGCAAGCCUAUCCCACCGGAAGAAUCUCGAAAGUCAGCGAGAAAACCUAUCAGGAGCGAAUCCCAAACGAAACUGUCUUCGUUACUAGCAAAUGCGAGCGUACCCCGACCUCUAAAUCGAAAUAUUAAAUCGUUGUCGACGGCAAGUUUGUUCUCAGCUUUGGAUGAAGUUCCACCACGGCCUCCUACUCCGAAGUACGAAGAAUAUGAGCAAGCGCCUCCUUCACCGUGGUCUCAAUCGCCUGCACCUUCACCCGCUGUCCGAGCCGAUCCUUCGGAGAAUCCUUUCUUCACAGAUGCUGUAGUUGACGAAGAGUCGUUUAAUCCCGGGCCGAGCCCGCAGGACUAUACCUCGAUGCAACCUCUCGAGACCAUCGGUGUCGAUAACUCUUGGACCGUUCUCCAUGUCCCACUUAACCAUAUUCUUCUUUCAAAGCCUCCUCAAAAGUUUAAGUUAGACCCCUCCGCAUUAGAACAAAAGGCUUCCCAGAGGGGUCAUGUUGAACCGAGUGUAAGUUCUAUGUUACAUGAGGGCCCAUCUACCGAGGAGUUAGCCAAGAAGAAUAAACAUCUGCCUAUUGCGAUUUUGUCGAUCUUAACCCCUAUAAUACCCUAUCCCUCCAACUUGCGCCACUCACUCGAACACCUGGCACCUCAUUUAGCAGCGACUUUCUCCCUUUGCCGACACUAUUCAACUCUCGAGACAGAAGUAAUGGGUCUUCACCGGAAAAGACCUUCUACUAGUGGAUUUGGUGCUAUCGGCCCUGAUGGUCGACCAGUAGCGGACCCAGCCAUGCUUUCUCAUCUUAAUGCUGCGACACCUGGAGACACGUCUCAGCGUUCGGUUACCGGAAGUCUUACCAGUCCUAGCGAAUAUUCGGGUCCAUCCCGAAGUAUUAAUGCUUCGCCUAGUGGAACACCGCUCUGGGACACUAGCUCUUUCGGAUUAGUCGUCGAGAGGCGCACUGCCGGUGCCAGUCCUGGCCAACUAGGAGGUGAUAGCUAUUUUAGUUCCGUCCCUAAGAAUGGAGGCGCUCCCGUAGAUUCACCAACUCUAGGAUCGUUAACUCAGCGGAUCACUAGAGUGGCUAAUAAGGAAGGUGGCCUUACCUUUGGUAAGCAGCUCAGACGGUCAGGAAGCCUUCUGCAACACCAGCAAGACUCGAGCUCUAUUGAGAAGGAAGCAGAAAGCUCAGAUAUCAUUACCCGCAAUGCUGAUCCUUUCGAUGAGGUGGCGAUUAAUCAAAUAUCAAAACCGCGGCCGGCAUCGAGGGACUCUUCUGAUAUAAAUAUCAGCACAGAAGACCAACUAUCGCAGCCAGAUACUGAUGAUAGUCGGAAGGGGCUACCAGGGAGUCAAAGCAUAACAUCCGGCGGCCACAAGCAUACCAUGCUACAUUCGUAUGGCGGCGAUUUUUCGGCAACCUUUCAGUCCUUACCACCCAGCACUUCCCUACUCACGAAACCGACAUCGCAGUGCACAACGCCAAUCCGAUCCGCAUCUACGUCUGCGCCGCAUGUAACUAUGCUUCCCCCUUCUGACCGACUAAAGGGGCUUAUGUUGGACUUGUUACCGGUGCAUGUAUUUGUUGCAUUACCGGUGCACGGAGAAAUCGUUUGGGUUAAUAGUAGGUAUUUAACUUACAGAGGCCAGACUCUUUCAGAUUUGGUAGCAGAUCCUUGGGGGAGUUUGCACCCAGAAGAUCGUGAGGAAUACAUGCGUGCGUGGACUCAUUCCCUUCGGUCGGGUGAUCAGUUCGCUCAUACUGUUCGUCUUCGUCGCUUCGAUGGUGCGUAUCGAUGGCACCAAGCCCGUGCGGUGGCCUCUCGAGACAGGCGAGGGGUUAUAGUACAGUUCAUCGGCUCCUACAUGGAUAUUCAUGACCAGAAAGUUGCGGAGUUAAUGGCACUUCGUCAAGAGGAGAUCGAGGCCUCUGAAGCAAAACACCGUCUUCUUGCGAAUUUGAUCCCGCAGAUAAUAUUCACCGCAACUGAAUAUGAUGGGAUUACAUUUGCGAACGAACAGUGGCUAUCUUAUACCGGUCAAAGCGAGGAAGAUGCAUUAGGGCUAGGUUUUAUAGAUUUCGUACAUCCGGAAGAUUUGGCGAAAUGUCGACUACCGGUAGAGCGCUCAACAUCGCAAUCUCCUGUUGGAGAGAGCAAAUCCGGCUCAUCUUCUAAGAAUCCCAAGCCGACGGAGCAAAAGCCGACACCGACGAGCACAUCGGCAGGUAGCCUCGGCUUGUCUCGUGCCAGCAGUGUCAAUUCGGCUCGUGAAUUUGUUACGGCAGAUUUAGGUGAUCUUUUCAAGCAGGGCAUUCUCAAAGUUGCGACAGAUAGCAACGGGCGACUCUCUUAUACGACCGAGGUGCGACUUAGAUCUAAGUCUGGCGAAUACCGAUGGCACCUGAUUCGAUGUGUGGAAAUCGACGACGUUGGUUUUGGCAGCGCCGCCAGUUCCUACUUCGGCUCGGCGACCGAUAUUAACGAUCAUAAACUGUUAGAAGAGAAACUGAAGGAAGCCAUGGAAUCUAAAGGCAGAUUCCUAAGCAAUAUGUCCCACGAGAUCCGUACGCCGUUGAUUGGUAUAUCUGGAAUGGUGAGCUUUUUACAGGAUACGACACUCAACGAGGAGCAGAGAGAUUAUACAAAUACAAUACAAACCAGCGCCAAUAGUCUACUCAUGAUUAUAAACGACAUACUGGAUUUAUCCAAGGUCGAUGCCGGCAUGAUGAAGCUAAACUUCGAAUGGUUUCACACUAGAUCCCUCAUUGAAGAUGUUAACGAACUCGUGUCAACAAUGGCGAUUGCUAAGCGGCUCGAACUUAACUAUAUUGUCGAGGAAAACGUGCCUUCUUGGGUUAAAGGUGACCGGGUUCGAGUACGACAAGUUCUUCUUAACGUUAUAGGCAAUGCUAUCAAGUUUACCAGUGUUGGAGAGGUCUUCAGCCGGUGCAGGGUCUUCGCGAGCGAUGCAGCCGACCUUUCCGAGAACCAAAUUAUGCUUGAGUUUUCGAUCAUUGAUACCGGGCGAGGCUUUACCAAAGAAGAAGCGGAGCUCAUAUUCAAGCCCUUUAGUCAGAUCGACGGAAGCAGUACCCGGCAACACGGUGGUAGCGGGCUAGGCCUCGUAAUUUCAAGGCAGCUUGUAGAGCUUCACGGAGGGAAAAUGAAUGGCAGCGCUGUGCUAGGGAAGGGAUCAACAUUCACGUUCACGGCCAAGUUUGGCCUGCCGAGCGCCGAUGACCAUCCUAACUUGACCGGCACUCCACCAAUGACCGCAUCUAUACGAUCUCCGGCAGAAGAAAAACCAACGCAUUUAAUCAAGCCCCUUCGGUUACAGAGGACGAUGGACUCCGCUUCGGCCCCAAGCCCUAGCUCAGAUACGGAUGUUACUUCGCCUGUUGCCGAAUCAUCUGCCAGCUCGGAUCCUUCGAUUCGUUCCGCCCCUAGUCUGAACACUACAAGAUCUUCGAUGUCCUCAAUGAAUGCCGGUCUCUCACAUUUCAGCGAAGCCGCCAAGGCUAGUGGGCAAGACCUUUCUCAAAUGAAACUGGAAAUGCCUUUAGGAAAGAUAUCGCCUCAAAUGAUGCCUACGCCUGAUGGGUCUAAAUUCCCCAUAGGAUUGGCGCAAUUCCGGCCGCCAAUGUAUUCAAUCCUUGUCAUCUGCCCUCAAAAGUAUAGCAGAGAAGCUACAACAAACCACAUCGAGAUGACGCUACCGAAAGACGUUCCGCAUCAGAUAACUGCAAUGGCAAACGUAGCGGAGGCUGAAGAAGUAAUUGGCGGACAUGAAUCUGUCACUUUUACCCAUGUUGUUUUAAAUCUCCCCUCAGCAGAAGAAAUUAUAGGAGUUAUUGAUAAAAUGAUAGCAAGCUCUUGUGGCAAGACAUCGGUUCUAGUCUUGACAGACUCUGUGCAGAGACAGGCAGUUCUCAAGUUAGCAUCAGAUGCCGAGCACCAAAAGCUUUUGGAAGAAAAGCGAAUGAUGUUUGUAUAUAAACCCGUGAAGCCAUCCAGGUUUGCGGUAAUUUUCGAUCCAGGGAGAGAACGGGACCUGAGUGUGGAUUUGAACCGCUCCAGUGCCGCACAGAUGGUGGAGAGUCAGAAGCAAAGCUAUUUGGACGUGGAGAAGCGAAUUGGUAACAAGGGAUACAAGGUCCUUCUUGUCGAAGACAACCCGGUCAACCAAAAAGUACUGGUCAGAUAUCUCAACAAAGUGGGCAUCGAGGCGGAAAUUGCCGCGGAUGGUGUUGAGUGUACCGAGAAGGUGUUCGCACGCCCGCCAAAUCACUAUUCUCUAAUAUUGUGCGACCUUCAUAUGCCGCGUAAAGAUGGCUACCAGGCUUGCCGGGAGAUUCGACAAUGGGAAGCGCAAACCAACUAUCCAAGGUUACCUAUCAUUGCACUGUCGGCAAAUGUGAUGUCUGACGUACAGGAGAAGUGUGCGGCAGCAGGUUUUAGCGAUUACGUUACGAAGCCGGUUGACUUUGUUGACUUGAGUACAGCGAUGUCGAAGUUCUUCUAAUCAGCUAGCUGCUUUCAACGAGGGGUAGCUAAUGCUUAGCAAUCGCUGUUUAAAAGACAUUGUGGAUGCAUCUGCAUGGCGUUCCCAGGAGAUAGAGUUUUUUUUUUUUUUUUUUUUAUAAAGAAAAAGGGACAGCGUUGUAUACCACGAUUGCAUCGUCGGGCGGUCGAGGUUGGAGAUUUUUUAUUUAUUUUUCUUUUUGAAAGAAAAAAGAUGUUUGUAUUUUCUGCUGAACGGGGGCGUGUACCACUAGGAUAGGGUCCGGGUAGAGAGCAUAGGCUAAGACCCAAGGUUCACAUACGGUUACGGGAUCUGCGACGCUCUACUAGGAGGAAUUUGUACAAACGCAGGCCAUAAGUCGAGACGACGGCCACAAAGCCCGUGCGGUAGCAUUCAUCAUUCAUGACUUUAACGGCUUCACAACGGUAUGCUUGAUAGAGGAGGAAAAGCGGCUUCAUUGGUUUAGCUUAGAAAUGGCUUUCU